AUGUUCGCUUCGCUCGCUGUCCUUGCUUCUUUCCUCGUCUCGCAGGCUGUCGCGCACGGUGGUGUGACCUCCUACAUUAUUGGAGGCACCACCUACCCCGGAUGGCAGCCAUACAACUCCGCUAGUGGCCAGAGGUCCAUUGGCCGCCCGUACAGUUCCUACGACCCAAUCCUAUCGGUGUCUGCUGGCAGUUUCAGCUGCAACAACAACGGCCAAGCCAGCGCAGGCCAACUGUCCGCGACUGUUGCUGCUGGUACUGCUAUCACUGCGAAGUGGUCGCAAUGGACCCAUGCUCAAGGUCCUGUCAUGGUUUACAUGGCGAAGUGCAAUGGCGCCUGCACGUCGAACAACAGCAACAGCCUGAAGUGGUUCAAGAUCGCUGAAACGGGUUUGAUUUCCGGAAACCUGCCCAACGGUAGGUGGGGAACGGGUGAAGUCAUGGACACUCUUUCGUACACCGCCACCAUUCCGGCUUCCCUCGCAGCUGGCGAGUACCUCAUCCGUCACGAACUCCUCGCCCUCCACCAAGCCAACACUCCUCAAUUCUACCCCGAGUGCGGUCAACUGAUCGUUACUGGCGGUGGAGGAAAGACACCCCCUGCCAACUACCUUGUCAGCUUCCCUGGCGGAUAUGGCGCCAACGACCCCGGCGUUAGAGUCGACAUCUACUCACAAGCUGCCCAGACCACGACCACAUACACUGUUCCUGGACCAGCCGUCUGGAAUGGGCAGUAA